AUGAGAGUCUUUGCCUUCCUCGCGCUCGUCGCCGCCGCCACGGUGUCCGCCGACGAUCAAGUCACGCAGGACUCGAUCCAAGUGGCUCAGCUGGCUGUGGCCGAAGCCGCCGCCGCCGCAUUGGACGCGCAGCUGGUCGGACGAGUCUUGGUAGAAGCCGCUUCUGCGGAGGCCGAGUCCAAGAAGGACGAUGAUGACGAUGACGAUGACGAUGAUGUCGUUGAAGCCGACGUUUUCGUUGGAAUUCGUCGACUGGAAAGUGAAGCGGCCGCCGCCGUCGAAGCCGUUCAAUCAGUGGAAUCUGUCGAGGCCGUCCAAGCUCAAGCGUCCAAGAAGGAUGACGACGAUGACGAUGACGACGAUGACGAUGACGACGAUGACGAUGACGACGAUGACGAUGACGAUGACGACGAUGACGAUGACGAUGACGACGAUGACGAUGACGUUAUCGAAGCAGACAACGUCGAUGCCUCCAAAGGGGACGUCGUGGUCGGAAACCUUUCCGACGAAGAAGUGGAAAUCCCCUAA